AGAGUGGUAGCUGGCCGGUCGAUCGGAGAUCUCAUGUGUGUAUUUAUCCUCAAAUGGAAACAUUUGGGAGCUCAUAAUGUUAUGGCAGAGGGUUUUUUUACAAGAGCUCGGCCAUCAUGGGGAAUCUGAGUUCUCCAGCUGAAUCGGUUGCUCAGAGUGUCAGAAGAAGAGCGUCACAUGGAGGUGAAACGGACACCAACACCCUCCACAUUCUCUCCUGGAACAUUGACGGACUGUGCGGGCAGUUCACCAAUGAGAGGGCCGCAGUUGUGUGCGACGUGAUCGACGAACGGAAGCCCGAGGUGGUCUAUUUGCAAGAGAUAGUGGGUCCUACAUGGAACCUCCUGACCAAGAGAUUAGGGAACGCUUACUUUCUCUACCGCGAUGAGGAAAUUGCCACCUCGUGGCACUAUUUCUGUGUCUUGCUAAUCAGGAAGAACUCUGCAGUCGUACCCAAAUCAAACCACCCCGAAAUCCUCCGCUUCCCCGAGAGUCAGCAGAAACGCUACCUAAUCCAAAUGCGUGUUAAUUUCAGGGGCAUCCCCAUUCUCCUGCUAACCUCUCACCUAGAGAGUCUGGUAAGAUACGCAGGAGAGCGGAAAAACCAGCUGAGGACGUGUUUUCGGAUAAUGAAAGAGGAGCUAGGGAGG